AGCAGCCUGGAGCGACGGGGCGCAGUGGCUGGCUCGGCGCGGGGCCUCCGUCCUCAUGUCCGCCUCGGCCCUCCCCGUCGGCACCGCCGACCUGCUGCGGGGCAACCGCGCCCCCUGCCCGCCGGCAAGUCUCUCGGCAGCGGAGCCGGCGGUCGACGAGGGGGACGAGGAGCUGAUGGAGGGCGGCGAGGGGCUGCGCGGCUGGAGCCCCCAGGAGAAGUCCCUGCACGAGGCGCGGCUGAAGGCCAAGGCCAAGCGCAGGCUGCGGCGCACCUCCUCCCGCGACGCCGCCCGCGAGUCCCUCUCGGAAGCCGGGGAGCCCGGCCCGGACCCCAGCAGCCCCAAGGGCAAGAACCACGACCGCCGCUCCCGCAUGGGCAAGGGCCGAGGCCUGCCCAAGAAAGGUGGCGCUGGAGGCAAAGGCGUUUGGGGAGCACCUGGCGUGGUCUACGGCUACCAGGAGCCUGAUGCCCGGGACCCCAACUAUGACGAGGUGGCACAGGGCGACACGGUCUACGCUACAGUCGUGCCUGAGCUGGAGGAGGCGGAGCUGAAGAGGAACGUGCAUCCCAUGGUUCUCGAGUACUUUGAGCACGGAGACCCCCUGGAGGUGGUGGAGCUGCUUCGGGGUCUGAAUUUGGGUGGCCACAAAGCAGCCGUGCCCUCGCUGGCCGUGACGCUGUCUCUGGAGGGCAAAGCCAGCCAUCGGGAGCUGACGUCUCGCUUGCUGUCAGACCUUGUGGGGAAGGUGCUGAGCCCCGAAGACAUCGCAGCUGCUUUUGAUGGGAUGCUGCAAGACCUCCCGGACCUGAUUCUGGACACGCCGGAGGCACCACAGAUGCUGGGCCAGUUCAUCGCACGAGCUGUGGCUGACCACGCCUUGCCGCUCGACUUCCUCGAACGCUACAAGGGGCGUGUCGACUGCGAGCAUGCGCGGGCUGCCCUGGACCGCGCCGCUGUCCUCUUGCGGAUCAAGCAAGACGUCAACCGCUUGGACAACGUUUGGGGGGUGGGGGGUGGCCAGAGGCCAGUCAAGCACCUGAUCAAGGAGAUGAGCCUCCUGCUCCAGGAGUACCUCCUUUCGGGGGACGUGUCGGAGGCCGAGCGCUGCCUGCGUCAGCUGGAGGUGCCACACUUCCACCACGAACUCAUCUAUGAGGCUGUGGUAAUGGUGUUGGAGUCUUCGGGCGAGACGGCCGUUGCCAUGAUGGUGAAGCUGUUGAAGGUGCUGUGGGAGACGGGGCUAGUGACUCUGGACCAGAUGAACAGGGGCUUCCAGCGGGUAUACGACGAGCUCGGGGACAUCAGUCUGGACGUGCCCCUGGCCCACAGCAUCCUGGAGCGCCUGGUGGACCUUUGCUUUGAGGAGGGGGUCAUCACCAAGCAGCUGAGAGACGCCUGCCCUGCCCGGGGCCGGAAGCGCUUUGUCAGUGAAGGAGACGGUGGACAAAUCAAGCAGUGACGGGUUGCUGUCAGCCCUGACCUCUGCCCCCUGCCCCCCCCACCAGCGCUCCCUCCUCCUCGGCAACAAGCCACCCACUCCCCGCUGCCACAUGGCCCAGACCUUGUGUGGCUGGAUUGCUCAGGAAGGGAACCAAGCUAAUCAGAUGAUCUCUGGCCUGAAAAAGAUGCGGGGGGAGGCUUGCUUGCCAGUCUUGUGCCCCCCCCCGCCCCCACAUCUCAGGAAGCAAAGGAGUCUUGCGUCCCUGUGCAGCUCCGAGGCCAAAGCUGCCGUUCUUCAUGGCCUUCGUGGCACCAUCCCUGCGCCAGCCAGCCAUUUCCUCCCCGCUGCUCUCUGGCCCCGAGUCCGUCCCAGAGCUUUAUUGGAUGAGUUGACACAAUCCCUGGAACAGGCAGGAGAGCAGUCCUGGCCCCUCUCUGCCCUGCUCCUUUGCGAGCCCCUGGGCUGAGGUGGCAUCGAGAGCGGGCUGUGGGGAGAGGGGGGUGGGCUCCUGGAGCUGUGCUUAUGGCUCUGGGAGCAGGAGCCUGGGUGGGCGAGAGCUGCCGGGCAGGGGUGGUGUGCAUGAACGUGCUCCUUUGCAGGGUGGGGUAUCUCAGGGCAAUCAGCUGGGGCUGGUGGGGGGCAGCUACUUGAUGCACUUGCAGGUGAAGGAGGCGUGGUGCCAGCAGCAAUAAAAGAUAUAUCCAAAGGA